AUGGUGGGUUGGGGAUGGGCCAUCUUGCUGCUCGCGGUAGAGGCCUCAGCCCACUUCACAAGCCAAUGGGCUGCCCAUAUCGAAGGCGGGCUCCAAGAAGCCCAAAGGAUAGCAGGUACACAUGGAUUCGUCGUAUUAGCUGAGCCAUUGGUGUACACCACAGAGCUUGAGGAUGGUAAUGUCCUUUCAACGUUUUACAUCAUGCGUGACGGAACGUGA